AUGGUUAAUGAACUUAAUCCAAAAGUUAAUAAAAUCUUGGAUAAUGAUUCAAAAUUGAAAACUCAUUAUGAAUUCUUAUUAAAUAAGAAAAAAAUUGCAGAUAAAUCAUUAGAAGAAUUUUUAAUUAAAUUAGAAAAAGAUCAUGAAGGUAUAGAUCUUGAUGAUUCACAAUCCAAAGUUGAUCCAUCAGAUAUAAAUGAUUAUAAUAAGGCAAUUGAUUAUUUAAAUGGGAAAUUUUUUAAACAAGUGGAUAAAGUACAAGAAGUUGCCAAAUAUAUUGAAUCUCAACAAGAAUUAGAAAAAGUUUGGGAAUUUACUCAUAAAAGAUAUCUGAAAGAAAAUAAAUCUGAAGAUCAAUUGAAUGAAUUUUAUAAAUAUAUUAUGAAACAAUUAGAAGAUUUUAAUAAGAAAUGUCAUCAAAAAUUUUAUUCUUUACAAAUCCCAUUAUUUUGUAUUAAAAAGGAAAAAUUUUAUCCAAAUUUAAGUAAAGAUAGAAGAAAAUUAAUUAUUUAUAUUCAAGAUUAUAUUGAAUCAAAUCAAUAA